AUGUCCUAUACCCGUGCUGUGCGCAACCAGCAGAAGACGGUUAAGACCUCGACCAAAUCGUCCGCCGCAGGCGCUAUUGCCGCUCCCCAGCUGAAGGCUCCCUUCAUGUGCCAUCUGCUCGCCGCCGCCUCGUCCGCAGCUGACGACAAGGAAUUUCCGAUUGGACUCGAGCUAAACAUGGAGGAUUGGAGGCCACGCUUCCUUGGCAUCAAGUGCCACUUCCAGGACCUACCUCUGCCUGGCCGUCGUCAGAGACUGGUACUUUUAAUCAUCGAGCUGUUUGAAUAG